CAUAUAUACCCAUAAGGGUUAAAAAAAACGACUUAAAGACUGAUCCAUCCAAAUCUGUCCAUCUUCAGGAAAAGCGUCGUUUAAUAGUAACCUCCCAAAGCUAUCAACAAUCUUCCAUGGAGAAAAAGAACCCUUGCAUAGCCAUGGUUCCAUCUCCAGGCUUUAGCCUUCCCCAAGCACUCAUCGCGUUCUCAAAACGACUCGUCGUUUUCCACCCUCACUUUCACAUCACCUUCUUCAUCCCCAUACUUGGCCUUCCCUAUCCUGCAACACAUUCCAUCUUCCAAUCCCUAUUACCACAAAUAGACUUCAUUAUUCUCCCACACAUCAACAUGGACGAGGACCUCAAAGCUAACAAUAAUGAGCCAGUAACUCAAAUCCAUCUCACUGUGACUCGCUCUCUUCCUUCUCUUCGUCAUGAGUUAAGCUCAUUUAUUAGUUCUCGAACUCAUCAUCUUGUUGCAAUGGUUGCUGAUUUGUUCUCAGCAGAUGCGCUAGAAAUAGCAAAGGAACUCAACCUCAAGUCAUAUGUUUUUCAUUCUUCAUCUGUUACUUCGCUGUGUUUCUUCCUGCGUUUUCCAGAGCUUGACGAGGAUCACGAGAUGGUUUCCACAGGUUUUCAAGAGUCAUCACAACCUCUGAAACUUCCAGGUUGUGUAGCUUUUCAAGGCAAGGAUCUCCCACGUCCGGUUCCAGAAAGAUCGAGUGACUCCUACAAAACACUCCUUCAUGCAAGCAAACGACUCCGUUUUGCUGAUGGUAUCAUAGUGAAUAGCUUCCAAGAUCUAGAACAAGAGGCAAUAAAAGCUUUGCAGGAAAGCAAUACUACCUCUGGUCCUAAUUAUAAGAGCCAGUUGAUUAAUUUGAGGAGAUUAAGGAAGUAA